UGAUAAUGUGGGUAUUAUUAGAUGUAGCUAAUGUUUUUAUGUAACAAGUUUUAAAAUGUGAAAAACUAAAUAUUAAAAUCUAUAAAUAAAAAAUGACGGGAAUAUUACUCCACAGUUUUAUAAAAACAAAUAUAUGACCACAAUUGAAUCCAGACAAAAAAGAGAGCUAAUUAAAUUGAAAGGCCAAAAUUACCCCAGUCUUGUCCACCCCUGUCCACCUCUAUCCCAUAUCCCCGAAUCUUUUCCCCGCCCAGUCUCUGUGCGCUAGAUCCCAGACUCCAGGCCAACCUCAACCCCAAUGUUCGAGCUCUGCCUCCGCCAUAUCGCCGCCGCCGCCGACUUCGACUGGUUCUCCACUCUUCUCUUUCUUCUUUCUCCUCUUCUCGGUCUCUUGGUGUUGAUGGACGAGGUCAGAAAUCAUCGGUUCUGAAGAUAACAAGGCGAGGCGAGCGACGGAGUUGAGUACGUCGGUCAGAGGCGAGAUCGAGACUAGGUUUCCAGUGGUGCGCUUAAGUCCUAGGGUUGGAAGCUGUGGGUUGAGGGUUGGGGUCUGGGGUCUAAGUGUGAGGCUAGGUGAUGGCUGCUGGGUUCUGAGGGUGAAGCUGGGGGGUUGGGGUUGGCUGGGCGAGUGGAGUCUGCUAGGAGUGGCUUGGGUGGGCUAGUAGGACAGGGGGUGGACUAGAAUGGAAAGUUUUUUAGUAAGAGGCUGAUAGGGAGGUAUUAUGUAUUUAUUGAUUUAGAUAUUCUUUCGAACACUUUGUUUUGUUCACACAGUUUCAAUGCCUCUUAAUAAGAAGCAUUGCUAAUUGAGUGCUAUUAUAUACUAAUAGAUUCAUCAUACUUAUAUGAAUUUUGAUACUUUGUUUUAGUUGAGGGCCACAGGCAAAGAAAUAAAUCCUGUGAAGAUGUAUGGUACUUAUCACCCAGACAAAAGGAAGAAUGGAGAGCUUAUUACUUGUGCUUCACACGAUGUGAUAAAGGAGGCUUUGAGUAAAUUGUACGAUGUUUGUCAAGAUGAUAGCCCACAACAAUCUGAACCUUCAAGUCAAGAGGAAAGCUCUACAACACCUAAUAUCUCUUCAGCUAAGUUAUCUUCAAGAUACUUGGAAAUCGUUGGGUGCAACAAGAAAAGAGUUCUUGGAACGGGCAGUUAUUCAAAGGCUUUCCUUCAUCGAGUAAGUGUUUGUAAUGCAGAACACUCGUCUUCAUCAAGAGCUCGUCGCUUGCAUGAUUUUUGUGUUUUUUGGGAUGCACGCAUGAGGGAGUUCUUAAUUUCAGAAGGUGAUCAACUCCCCCCUGAAAUGCCAAUUGUGGAUGACAUUAUUCAAGACAAGGAACCCGACUCACAGCCCAAGAACUUUGAACAAACGUGGCUGCCAUUUUUGAAAUCAAUGGGGAUCGAUGCACCAAGUUUCUUUGCCACAUCAGAAUCCUCUAAAGACUCCAUGGACUCUCUUGAUGAAUAACUCUCUCAUUAGAUUUGUGUUAAGUUUGAUAUUAAUGUGUUUUUUUAAUGUUGCAUUUCACUAUGGAUUGAUGAAUGAUGAAUGAUGAAUGUUUAUUUAUUAGCAAGCUUUUGAUCAAUACAUAAAAUAUUAUGUGUUGAAAGUCUAUUA